AUGGCUGCAAAAGCGCUUUUCAAGGAUGUAGCGUCCUUGUUGGAUCUAGAACCGCUGAAACGCGACAGAAUGGAGGAGUUUUUCCACGACAUUGAUCUGGAUGGCGAUGAAACUAUUGUUUGCGACAAGUUGGAGGCUAACCUGAAAGGGGUCCACGAACAGAUCGCGACAGUAGCGCAGGAGCAUCACCUUCACCUAUCAAGCCGCCCCUCUACCCAACGGAGACGCCCCGUCGAUUUAGGAAAAGGAGUGCACCGAGAUCCGGAACACGACGGCCUUCACGCUUUGCUUUGCACCGUUAUGCCCAAUUGCUCUCAAUCGAUGGACAAAGAGGAAUGUCUCAAGCAUGUCAGCUCGUGGAACGUCCCUAGCCAGAGUAUGGUCAGUACGGAGAAUGAAGACGAGGAAGAUAUGCGUAUGAGCAGCGUAUGGCCUGGUAUCGAAAGAUGCGCGCGCAUUGGUCUCUUGAGGGACCAAGGAUUCUGUUUGCUGCCGAUGUCUUGUUACAAUCUCUAG